GGGGCCUAGUUCUGCGAGGUUGGGCCGACGGCGUCGGCGGCGGGAGACGGGUGACCCGCGGCGGGGCGCCUCGGCCAUGACUGCGGAGCUGCAGCAGGACGACGCGGCCGGCGCGGCCGACGGCCACGGCUCGAGCUGCCAAAUGCUGUUAAAUCAACUGAGAGAAAUCACAGGCAUUCAGGACCCUUCCUUUCUCCAUGAAGCUCUGAAGGCCAGUAAUGGUGACAUUACUCAGGCAGUCAGCCUUCUCACUGAUGAGAGAGUUAAGGAGCCCAGUCAAGACACUGUUGCUACAGAACCAUCUGAAGUAGAGGGGAGUGCUGCCAACAAGGAAGUCUUAGCAAAAGUGAUAGACCUUACUCAUGAUAACAAAGAUGAUCUUCAGGCUGCCAUUGCUUUGAGUCUACUGGAGUCUCCCAAAAUUCAAGCUGAUGGAAGAGAUCUUAACAGGAUGCACGAAGCAACCUCUGCAGAAACUAAGCGCUCAAAGAGAAAACGCUGCGAAGUCUGGGGAGAAAACCCCAAUCCCAAUGACUGGAGGAGAGUUGAUGGUUGGCCAGUUGGGCUGAAAAACGUUGGCAAUACAUGUUGGUUUAGUGCUGUUAUUCAGUCUCUCUUUCAAUUGCCUGAAUUUCGAAGACUUGUUCUCAGCUAUAGUCUGCCACAAAAUGUACUUGAAAAUUGUCGAAGUCACACAGAAAAGAGAAAUAUCAUGUUUAUGCAAGAGCUUCAGUAUUUGUUUGCUCUAAUGAUGGGAUCAAAUAGAAAAUUUGUAGACCCGUCCGCAGCCCUGGAUCUAUUAAAGGGAGCAUUCCGAUCAUCUGAGGAACAGCAGCAAGAUGUGAGUGAAUUCACACACAAGCUCCUGGAUUGGCUAGAGGACGCAUUCCAGCUAGCUGUUAAUGUUAACAGCAGUCCCAGGAACAAAUCUGAAAAUCCAAUGGUGCAGCUGUUCUAUGGUACUUUCCUGACUGAAGGGGUUCGUGAAGGAAAACCCUUUUGUAACAAUGAGACCUUCGGCCAGUAUCCUCUUCAGGUAAACGGUUAUCGCAACUUAGACGAGUGUUUGGAAGGGGCCAUGGUGGAGGGUGAUGUUGAGCUUCUUCCUUCUGAUCACUUGGUGAAGUAUGGACAAGAGCGUUGGUUUACAAAGCUACCUCCAGUGUUGACCUUUGAACUCUCAAGAUUUGAGUUUAAUCAGUCCCUUGGUCAGCCAGAGAAAAUUCACAAUAAGCUGGAAUUUCCUCAGAUUAUUUAUAUGGACAGGUACAUGUACAGGAGCAAAGAGCUUAUUCGGAAUAAGAGAGAGUGCAUUCGAAAGUUGAAGGAGGAAAUAAAAGUUCUGCAGCAAAAAUUGGAAAGGUAUGUGAAAUAUGGCUCAGGCCCAGCUCGGUUCCCGCUCCCUGACAUGCUGAAAUAUGUUAUUGAAUUUGCUAGUACAAAACCUGCCUCAGAAAGCUGUCCACCUGAAAGUGACACACACAUGACAUUACCACUUUCUUCAGUGCACUGCUUGGUUCCUGACCAGACAUCCAAGGAAAGUACGAGUACAGAAAGCUCUUCUCAGGAUGUUGAAAGUACCUUUUCUUCUCCUGAAGAUUCUCAACACAAGUCUAAACCAUUUACAUCUUCUCGGUCUUCCAUGGAAAUGCCUGCACAGCCAGCUCCAAGAACAGUUACAGAUGAGGAGAUAAACUUUGUUAAGACUUGUCUUCAGAGGUGGAGGAGUGAGAUUGAACAAGAUAUACAAGAUUUAAAGAAUUGUAUUGCAAGUACUACUCAGACUGUUGAGCAGAUGUACUGUGAUCCUCUCCUUCGUCAGGUGCCUUAUCGCUUGCAUGCAGUUCUUGUUCAUGAAGGACAAGCAAAUGCUGGACACUAUUGGGCCUAUAUCUAUAAUCAACCCCGUCAGAGCUGGCUCAAGUACAAUGACAUCUCUGUUACUGAAUCUUCCUGGGAAGAAGUUGAAAGAGAUUCCUAUGGGGGCCUGAGAAAUGUUAGUGCUUACUGCCUGAUGUACAUUAAUGACAAACUACCCCACUUCAAUGCAGAGGCAGCCUCAAAUGAGUCAGAUCAAAUGUCAGAAGUGGAAGCCUUAUCUGUGGAACUUAAGCAUUACAUUCAGGAGGAUAACUGGCGGUUUGAGCAGGAAGUAGAGGAGUGGGAAGAAGAGCAAUCUUGCAAAAUCCCUCAAAUGGAGUCCUCCACCAACUCCUCAUCACAGGACUUCUCUACAUCACAAGAGCCUUCAGUAGCCUCUUCUCAUGGGGUUCGCUGCUUGUCAUCUGAGCAUGCUGUGAUUGUAAAGGAGCAGACUGCCCAGGCUAUUGCAAACACAGCCCGUGCCUAUGAGAAGAGCGGUGUAGAAGCAGCACUGAGUGAGCUUAAAGAAGCUGAACCCAAGAAGCCCAUGCCCCAGGAAACAAACCUUGCAGAGCAGUCAGAGCAGCCUCAAAAGGCUAAUGAUGCAGAGUCUACUGCCCAGCCUAAUUCUGAGGUCUCUGAAGUCGAGAUUCCCAGUGUGGGAAGGAUUCUGGUUAGAUCUGAUGCAGAUGGAUAUGAUGAGGAGGUGAUGCUGAGCCCUGCCAUGCAAGGGGUCAUCCUGGCCAUAGCUAAAGCCCGUCAGACCUUUGACCGAGAUGGGUCUGAAGCAGGGCUAAUUAAGGCAUUCCAUGAGGAAUACUCCAGGCUCUAUCAGCUUGCCAAAGAGACCCCCACCUCUCACAGUGAUCCUCGACUUCAACAUGUCCUUGUCUACUUCUUCCAAAAUGAAGCACCCAAAAGGGUAGUAGAACGAACUCUUCUGGAACAGUUUGCAGAUAAAAAUCUUAGCUAUGAUGAAAGAUCAAUCAGCAUUAUGAAGGUGGCUCAAGCGAAACUGAAGGAAAUUGGUCCAGAUGACAUGAAUAUGGAAGAGUACAAGAAGUGGCAUGAAGAUUAUAGUUUGUUCCGAAAAGUAUCUGUGUACCUCCUAACAGGCCUAGAACUCUAUCAGAAAGGAAAGUACCAAGAGGCACUUUCCUACCUGGUAUAUGCCUACCAGAGCAAUGCUGCCCUGCUGAUGAAGGGGCCUCGCCGGGGGGUCAAGGAGUCCGUCAUUGCUUUGUACCGAAGGAAAUGCCUUCUGGAGCUGAAUGCCAAAGCAGCUUCUCUCUUUGAAACGAAUGAUGAUCUCUCUGUAACCGAGGGCAUUAAUGUGAUGAAUGAGCUGAUCAUCCCCUGCAUUCACCUUAUCAUUAAUAAUGACAUCUCCAAGGAUGACCUGGAUGCCAUUGAAGUCAUGAGAAACCAUUGGUGCUCUUACCUUGGGCAAGAUAUUGCAGAAAAUCUGCAGCUGUGCCUAGGGGAGUUUCUACCCAGACUUCUAGAUCCUUCUGCAGAAAUCAUCGUCUUGAAGGAACCUCCAACUAUUCGACCCAAUUCUCCCUAUGACCUGUGUAGCCGAUUUGCAGCUGUCAUGGAGUCAAUUCAAGGAGUUUCAACUGUGACAGUGAAAUAAGCUCCCACAUGCUCAAGGCCCAUUCUGGUUUCUGGCUGCCUGCCCCUUGCACAGAAGUCCGUUGUCACAGUGCUCACCUUGGGAAAAGGAUUAGUGGGCACUAAGAUUCCAAUUCAGACCCCAACCAUGCUGGGUGUGUAAAGAAGGAUUGAAAAUAAAAUUGCACUUUUUAGGUACAAAAUCGUAAAAGCUAUUUCACUAGAAAAGGUGGAAACUAGUGUAUUAAGGUGUUGAAUUAUGCCAGAAGACCUGAAAUGCCUUGUACCUACAACAAUGCUUAGCCUUGCCACUUUUAAAACUAUGCUUCAGGCAUAAUUUUUUUUUUUUUUUUUUUGAGACAGAGUUUUGCUCUUGUUAUCCAGGCUGGAGUGCAACGGCGCAAUCUUGGCUCACCGCAACCUCCGCCUCCUGGGUUCAGGCAAUUCUCCUGCCUCAGCCUCCUGAAUAGCUGGGAUUACAGGCACGCGCCACCAUGCCCAGCUAAUUUUUUGUAUUUUUAUUAGGGACGGGGUUUCACCAUGUUGACCAGGAUGGUCUCGAUCUCUUGACCUCGUGAUCCACCCACCUCGGCCUCCCAAAGUGCUGGGAUUACAGGCGGGAGCCACCGCGCCCAGCCCAGGCAUAAAUAUUUUUGGCACCAGAAUAGAAGAAUGAAUCAUGAGAACCUGAACUAGAUGAAUAGCUACUAGUUCUUUUAUCAAAUACAGACGACAUUUAAAAAUUCUUCACUACAAGAGAUGAGAAAUAUAAACCUUGCCUGGCUCUUGACAGGAGGUGACAGAUGGGUUGCUGAUGAACCAUUUUACAUGUGGGUGGAAUGUAAGGUCACGUGGCAGUAUGAUGUUGAAAAGUCAAAAGAGACCUAUCUCUCUCUUUUAUUUUCUAUCUUUAAAUAAACCAGAAAACCUCAUACCCAGUCCUCAGUGAAAGAAAGGAAACCAUUAAGGACUUCAGACAGAACAGCAUUUUGUAACUUGACUAAAGAUCAUGCGUUAAUAGUUGUUAGGCAUUUAGGUAAAAUUUUCUAAUAUCUGAAAAUUGUCAGAAAUGGUCUAAGGCUACUACUGGCUCCAAAGACCAUUUUGGUCUGCCUCCUCUUUUAUGUCCCCCCCUACCCCCACCCCCCGAGACAGUCUCACUGUAUCGCCCAGGCUGGAGUGCAGUGGCAUGAUCUCAGCUCACUGCAAACUCUGCCUCCUGGGCUCAAGUGAUUGUGGUGACAUAGCCUCCCAAGUAGCUGGGAUUACAGGCAUGUGCCACAACUAGCUAAUUUUUAUAUUUUUAGUAGAGACGGAGUUUCACCAUGUUGGCCAGAUUGAUCUCGAACUCCUGGCCUCAAGUGAUCUGCCUGCUUCAGCCUCCCAAAGUGGUGGGAUUACUGGCAAGCCACCACACCCAGCCUUCUUUUUUGCCCUUAAAAGUAAUUUGUUUAAAAAAAAAAAAAAGAAAAGAAGAAAAAAAUUUAAAGCGAAAGAAAGAAAAAAAGCACCAUACAUAUGCAAAACUAUAUAUAUGUAUAUGUAGAGAAAAAUACUUCCUGUUGAUGACUUUUAAAUGGCUUCUGAUUGGAUAUUGUAUUUUAACCAAAUUUUAAAGAGUAAUGGAGGAAUCAUGAAAGGGAAGAAUACUUGAUACAACUAUGCAGAUUUUAUAAAUGUGCAAUAAAAGUAUUUGUUUUA